ACUUGCGAUUUAGAUAUCCAUGACGACAUGAGUCCACGGAAGAAUGUAAUUAUGGAGAUAAUGCAAGUGAGAAUGAACAAAAAUGUUUAUAAAUUAAAAUACCUUCAACGGUUUUUCAUUCACUUUAGAAGAUCAAUCCGAAAGUGCGGGUGUUUCUUUAGGGAGUUAAAAAAAAGAUUGUUAUAUUUUCAGAAUGGCCACCACGGAAGUAAACAUGACAAACGAAACGAAAAUGACCGUUACCGGUAAUGGAUACCCAGUUUAUUCUGGCUACCCUCCACAACAGAAUUACGUCACUCCCGGAGCCCCGCCUUCUUACCAACCAGUCGAUACCGCACAGCCCACAACUGUUGUAGUGAAUCACAAUGUUCCACAUAACCAGGGAAUUGUCAGACAGGCUCCCUCGCAGCAACCUAUUCGAGAUUAUACUGUAUUUGCUGUCAUCGUCACAAUCUUGUUCUGCGUACCAUUGGGCAUUGUUGGGAUCGUCAAAGCAUCUGAGGCGAGAAACAGGCGCAACAUAGGAGACGAUGAGGGCGCCAGAGAGGCUGCUCAGAGUGCAUUCAGAUGGUCCUUGAGCGGUCUCAUUAUUGGAUCUAUUUUUCUGGUGAUUGUCAUAGUCUAUUAUGCAGUUAUCCAGUCCCAAUAUAUUGACUUUUCAUAUUAAGAUGGCCUCAUCUGUUAUGUUCAAGGACGUAGCUUGGCCAUAUAUCCCUUGAUGAUAUUUGUUUACCGACCAAUCGGUAGACAAAUUCGAAUAAAGAAGAUCUAAGAAGUCUGAGGUACUAACAGGACUAACUAUAGCUUAGAUGUCAUUGACUUAUCUUAAAUAUAUGGCAUGGUGGUAUAGCCAUGGUUGCGUUAUGGCGACUCAUUCUCAGGAAGAGAAAGCAUGAUGAAUGGUUUUCCGUUUUCCAACUUCCGUACUACAACUUAUAAUAAAAUUAUUCAAAGUUAACAGCUUUCUCCUCUUUUCAAGAGUAAUUGGUCACUAGUGAUUGACCAAAAUUUGCAUUAAUUUCCCAAUUGCUUCCUGAUCAAAAAGGCCAAGAAUAAUAUUGUCCAUGUGAUCAUGACAAAAGAUAUUAAUGAUAAAAAUGAUAUGAAAGUUUGUAUGAAUAUAACUUGAUUUACAAUGCAAUAGUAUAAAAAUCAUUGUAUUUCUAUUGUUAAUAAUAAAAUGUUUUUAUUUUUUCUAGAUGUAUAUUUUGUUAUAAAUAAUUCAUGUCAAUAAAACACCUGUUAACAGGUGGUAAAAUUAGC